CUCUCAAUCUCUCUCUCUCUCUCUUCAUCAAUAGCCAGCUUUCUCAUGAGAAAGUAAAAAGUGAUAACAGUAAACAUCUGACUUGAAAGAUAUGUAAACCAAAAUAGAGCCAAAUCUCCAGUUAUUCUUUUAUCCCUGAUAUAUUUUUACAGCUCUCCUUCUUAGUUGAUCUCAGAUAAUCUUCUCUUGGACUGUAAUAGGCAGUGUUGUCUUCAAUGUUGACACAGAUCUGACAUGUGUUAAACAUAUUGAGUUUUAACCCUAAUAUGCGAUUAUACACGUAGUACGGCCCCGCUAGAUCUCAGCGCUCCCAGAGAAUAGGUAGAAGUGAACUCCAGUUCUUCUCUCGUUACAGGAGCUGGAGCACAAGUUAACCAUAUUGUGCUAGAUGCCGGCAAACCUGAAUCUAUAAAAUGCAGAAUUUAAUCAUUUUAAUUUAUAUCUCCACUAUAGUCGGAGCAACAGACAUUGAAGAAGCAGCGAAUAAGUUUCCUUCCGUUAGUGACGGAGACGGAAUGUUUACAUCGUCUGCAGAUCUAGAGGGACUUCUCUGGACUGAGGCUGACCUAGUGGAUAAACUAGAGGACUAUGUGAAGGACGAGUACAGGAGAAUACAGAAGCUAGAGAAGAUUCUAGAAGAAUAUCGGAGUGUACGGGAUCGUGCUAGUUUAUCCAGUGAGAAGUUUAUUGGGAACCCGAUCAACUCGUUUCUUCUCAUCAAAAAGCUGACCUCCGACUGGAAGGAGUUGAAAGGUGUGAUUCAAGGAGACUCGGAGAGAUUCCUGAAGAAUCUGACAACUGAGAACUAUGGGUUGAGGUGGCCCAAGGAUGAAGACUUAAACGGAGCAGCAAUUGGUUUAAUGAGACUACAGGAUACCUACAGGCUAGAUACAACGAGCAUAGCGAAUGGUAUUCUCAGUGGUAAACAUUUUGGUCCUGGGUUGACCGCACAGGAUUGUUUCGAGCUGGGCCGACAAACCUAUAACAAUGGUGACUACUACCAUACUAAUAUAUGGAUGGAGGAGGCACUUAGACAAUACGAGACAGAGACAGAGAAAACUGUGACAAAGGCUGAUAUAUUGGAGUAUCUUGCGUUCUCAGCUUACAUGACCGGAAAUAUAAGACGCGCCUUAAAACUGACGAAACAGAUGGUUGAGUUAGAACCUGAGCAUCCUAGAGGACCUGGAAACUUGGAGUACUAUCAGUCUACCCUAGAGAAGAAGGGCGCAACCCUGCAGAAACGAGGAGAGGACGGAUUAGGAGAUGCAGAUGAAACUGUAAAUAUCAUUAAGGAGCAGAGGAAGAGAGAAGAGGAGUUGGGAGAUGAGAGGGUUCAGUACGAGCAGCUCUGCAGAGGAGAGGAAUUCAUCCCGGAGUCAAUCCGAUCCCGUCUUCUCUGCAGAUACACCACAGGGAAACAUCCCUAUCUUCUUAUUGGUCCCGUAAAGGAGGAAGAUAUCUAUCCUAAUCCCAGAAUAGUUCUCUUCCAUGAUCUGGUCACAGAUACAGAGAUAGAUACGAUCAAGGAGCUGGCUACUCCAAGGUUUAAGCGUGCCACGGUGCAGAACUAUAAGACAGGGGAGUUGGAGACUGCAAGCUAUAGGAUCUCUAAGACUGCCUGGUUAAAAGAGGAAGAGCAUCCUCAUGUUGCAAAUAUUUACAGGAAAGCGAACCAGUUGACCGGACUAAAUAUGGAGACUAGUGAGGAGCUCCAGGUCUCUAACUACGGUAUCGGAGGUCACUAUGAACCUCAUUUUGACUUUGCUCGCCGAGAGGAAAAGAACGCGUUUGCAAGUCUAGGAACAGGAAACAGGAUCGCAACUCUGCUCAUGUAUGAAUCAGACGUAGAGCUCGGCGGAGCAACAGUAUUCCCAUAUCUAGGGAUAUCUUUGAAACCUAAGAAGGGCGCGGUAGCGUUCUGGUAUAAUCUGCACCAGAACGGAGAAGGAGAUGAGAUGACGAGACAUGCCGCAUGUCCUGUCCUAGCAGGAACUAAAUGGGUUUCAAACUUCUGGAUCCAUGAGAGAGGACAAGAGUUUACCAGACCCUGCUCAACAGAUCCGUUCCGUUGAGGGAUAAGGUAGACCCGGAGCAGGAGAAGAGGAAACCUGAAACCUCGGGAGAAGUGAAGAUUUGAAUCCGAAUCCCGGGAUUCUCAACCAAGAAUACUCAUUUUAUGCUUAUAUGAACUUGACCUGGAAACAAGACUCGAUAAAAUACCAAACCAUAUUUUACUCAAAUACUCUAUACAAUGUAUAAAAAGAAAACUUUACUAAUGAAUUAUAAACGUUUAUAGGAAACCCGCACUUUACUCUACACUAUACGUUAACCAAAAUUUACUCAAAAAAUUUCUCAACCAUUUCUACGCAUUAUGUACAUUGUCCGUAAAUGAAUAAAUUUCAGCUCUA